AGCUGUGCAGAUCACGGGACGCGACGGGGAAAGUAUCAUCCGGUACCCCGCCCGGGUAUUUUGCUGCAGCGAUGGAGGGAGGAGGAGGGGAAGUAGACAGAUGGAAAUUUGAAACAGAUAUAACGGAAAUAGAACGUCUAUCGAAGCGACUUAAAGAAGGAUGGGAAGUCAGAUCGAUAGAGGUUGGCACAGAUGCAAUUCCUUAUCUGGUGAAAAGGAAUGUGAUGCGCCAGCUGCCAUUGUCUCUUGAAGCUUGGAAUGAAGAAGAGUCUUGUGGCACUGGAGCCAUGUUGUGUGAUGCCAAAGAUACAAGACUUGAUGUAAACCAGCUGGAAGAACUCAAUGAUCAUGUGACAGUGAAAUCUUCAGUUGAAGAGCUACAGUGUGAGAGUUGUCAGUUUGAGUAUCAUAUCAUUCACAGUGCAAGCUACAAUGUUCCAGUACUAUACUUCACAGCAUGUAAAUCAGAUGGUAAGCUUCUGACCUUAGAUGAGGUUUGGGGUCAGGUACCAGGAUCAUACCAGGAAAGAUUAAGACACCAAAGAUGGACGUUCAUAACCCAACAGGAGCAUCCCCUUCUUGGAAGGCCCUUCUUUCAGCUUCACCCGUGCCGAACAGCAGAUCUAAUGAAGUCCAUUGUACCACAUCGUAAAGGGAACUAUGUUGUUACAUGGCUGAGUUCUGUUGGGCCUGUGGUGGGUCUAGAAUUACCGCUUGCCUUCGCUGACCUCUGCCAAGCAAGAUGAGAUCACAUGCAGCUAUUGCAGAUACUACCAGGUUGUGGACCAACUUCUGGACCAACUUUAGUCCAAAGAUGGCUAACUGCGGAGCUCAAUUGUGGACCAGAGGAAUGAUAAAGAAAUUUUAGAAUGACCGCUUGCCUUUGCAGACCUCGGUCAAGCAAGAUGAGACCUUAUGUAGCUAAUGCAGAGACGAGCAGGAGUCAUCUUCUGAACUACCUUCUGGACCAACUUUAGUCUAAAGAUGGCUUAUUGCAGAGCUCAGUUGUGGACUACCACCGGAGGAAUGAA